AUGUCUGGCGUUAAUCAAAUUAUCCAGACCUUCGAAGGUCUCGGAAACGGCGACCGCGAAACCGCAAUGCGAGCGCUCACCACGAUGAUGCAGAGUGAGAAUCAGCGAUCGUCUACCAAGAAGAAGGUCAACGGAUUCAUGGGAUUCCGGGCAUAUUACUCUGCUCUCUUCACUCAAUUCACGCAGGCGGAGCGGUCGCCUAUCAUGACCAUGCUUUGGCAGCAGGAUCCCUUCCACAAAGAGUGGGAUUUUAUGUGCGGGGUCUACUCGGCAAUCCGCGAUCUCUUGGAGGAUCAAAACAUUUCGCUGCAAGACUGGAUUCAGGCCGCCGUCAAGCCUCUGGGCAUUGUUGCCCGCGAUAGCUACCUGGCUACGCUUGGCUGGGAAAUGGUCCAGCUUGAGGACGGCACGAAUACGCUCCAGCGCGGCGCGGCGCCGCCUCUGCAGAGCUCUCGGCAGCCCAUGAACGUACUCGGUCUGUUCACACAAUGCCUGAACGAGGGUUUACAGGUGGUCAACCCUGGACCGAUUGUUGCCAAGCUUAUAGAUGCCGCCAAGGAUGUGAUUUGCAUCAAUAGUCAGCCUGGAGGAGACGCCGCUAAGACUUUCAAUACUAUGGAUGGAUUUCGUCGGCUUGCCCAGAACAACCCCCAGCUUACGAUGUCGGCUCUCUUCGAUAUGCCUCUAGGCAAUCCCAUAGUCUCUCAGGGCAUUACCACACACUACGCUCCAGAUGGCAUGCCAGCUGAUGCUAUGCUGGAUAGCUUUCUCCGCUAUGGAGGCUCUAAAAGCAACUACUAUAUCGUAGGCACACGCGACUAUACCGUGGGCGAUGAAGGUAAGAGCAGAUUGUUUCUUAUCUAA